AGAGAGAGAGAGAGAGAGAGAGGAGCGACUUUACAAAAAGAAAACAACACACCGGAGAUCUACACUUUUUUACUUCAUCUGAACAGCCUCCCAAAGCUUUAAGAGAAUGAUGCUGCAGCACUCGGGUCCCUCGCUGGCUGACAUCAGCUGCUCUGCCAUGGUGCCCUGCCUCUCCCCGCCGGGCACGCUCACCCUGGAUGACUUCACCAACUUCACACCCAUCGUGAAAGAGGAGCUCCGGCUGGCCAUCCAGUCCAAGCGGCUGUCCAACGGCCUCAGCGCCGACAUCAGCUCGGACGGUGCCAGCUCCAGCUCGGACCGAGGCUUCGAGGAGCUCGGUCAUUCCAGACCCAAGAGAGAGGUGACAGGUGAGGAGCACGACAGGAGGAAGAGGAGGAGAGAGAGGAACAAGAUCGCUGCCGCCAAGUGUCGCAACAAGAAGAAGGAGAAGACAGAAUGUUUGCAGAAGGAAUCGGAGAAGCUGGAGAGUCACAACGCUGACCUGAAGGCUCAGAUCGAGGAGCUGAAGCAGCAGAAGCAGCAGUUGGUCUACAUGCUCAACCUGCAUCGGCCCACCUGCAUCGUCCGAGCCCAGAACGGCCAAACGCCCGAGGACGAGAGGAACCUCUUCCUCCAGCACAUCAAGGAAAGCAGCUUACAACUCCAAAACCUCACCUCCUCCAUCACCACGUGCACCUCUACUGUGGCGCCUCUGGACGCAGGACUUCUGUCGCUCGACCACAUUCAUUGCCCCGGUCAUCAAUAGGUGGUCAGUUCCCUGAGACUUACAAAUCUUCCACCUGCUGCUACACAUGUUGAGGCGCAGGGGGGGGGGGGAGGGGAGCCGCCACAAAGACUUAUGACCCGAGAAUGACAGUGAAUUAUGAUGGAAGCCGCCUUUCUGGAGAAAUCCAGGGUGUCAUGCACCGUCCAUAAAGCUGCUAGAGAGAGCACCUUCCCACUCCCUGAAAUCGUAGCUGCUGACGGGACAGAAAGUGACACACACACACACACACAGCGGUCAGCAUCUUUACGUGCAUUGUGUAUUUCUUUUAAAAACAUCACAACCAGUCAGAGCCAAGGAGAGUCGACAGAGCACUAAAAAAACCAUCCACUGCAGAUUGAAAGAGUUUGAUUUAAUGUCUUUUUUUGUUUUUUGUACCAAAGCACGAUUUCAAGGUGAUCAAGGCACAUAAUUUCACUGUUCACCCGCAAAGAAAGUAGACGCACGUUGACUGGGUGAGUGUGUACAGACAUUGGAGUGUGUUUGAGCUACUUCAACAAAAAAGAAAAAGAAAAGAAAAAGACAUUGUUGUUUGUGCUUUAGUGUAUAGAAAAUAGUAUAUUUAUUAUAGUAACUGCUGUAUGACCUGCUGUUGCCAAGGCAACCCUGUCUGCUUGUCAUUUAUACCACAUGAACUACUAAAUCUGCUGCUACUAACCACUCAGGAUUUAUACUGGCUGUAGAAGUCGAUUUUUUUUUUGUGUGUGUUAUUGCCUCAAAUAAUCCCAAAAACAGUGAGUACAUGACAAGUUGUUUGCUUUAAAAUCAGGAUAUCAGUAGCAGUCACAUUAAGGGAGUGUAUUUAGCAGGCAGGGAUUGUAUUUCUGCACUUAAAGAAAAUGCGUAGUUCAAAUUUAUAAUCUAUAUAUGCAGAUGAUACCUUACUUUUCGUAGCAAUCUUUGAAAUUCGCUGGCAAACCAAAGCGAAGAGAAAAAACGAAUACUGCAUAGUUUCACUUUUAUCACUGCAUUCCCUCUUAACAGAGCUAGUGUUGCUUGAACAUCCUCCAUGACGAUGAAGCUCCACGAGUAUAUAUGUGUGUGUGUUAUUUUUCAGAUGUGUUGUUUUUCUACCUAAAAAAAAAUCUUGUAUAUCCUAUGUGACCGCGCAUUAACUCUGUGCUUCUUUAUGUAAACACCGGAUGCCUCUUUUGGUCUUGACAGAG